UUACUGCUUAAUUGAAUAUAAUCGCCUCCUCCUAAUUCCUCUUUCGUUUCUCAAGAAAGAAUUCGAAAUCCCAGCGAAUUCUGCUGAUCGAGAAGCUGAAGUUUUGGGGGGGGCGUUGGGUGAUCGUAGGUUUCAGCCGUCUUUUAGCAGCAACUUCCCUGCUUCUCAAAGUAAUUGGUCCUCUUAUCACUUGCCACCUACCGACUAUAUGAACGAGUUUGGUAUAAAUAGUCGAUAUGUGGGCAGUAUCAGAGAAUUUGGCAAAAUAAAGAAUGAGGAAAUCCCUCUAAGAAGCUUUAAUUCUUCAUCAUCUUUUCUACCCUUACACCGUGGAUUGCCGCAGUGGGAGUCAUCAUAUUUACAAGGGACAUUGUCUGAUUAUAGAAAUUUUGAGUAUCCUGAAUACCAAGAGAGAGGUUAUAUCCGAACAGAAGAGGAAUAUCAUAGAUAUCUGAGGAUGACACUUGAUUGGCAGCUCUGGCUUUCUUGGAACUACAACCGUGCUAUCACUGAUUUACAUGAUUUCAAUCCUACAUCUCAGCAUAAUCUUCAUCAACCUCUAUCACUUGCGCAGACCAUGCAACUUCCAUAUUAUGGCCGUCAACUUCAAAUACAAGCACCUUACUUUCAGCAUUCUCUCGAUACCUCAAAUCUAUUUGGUUUAAACCCUGUUAGUCUAAGUUCAAGUUCCACAUUUCCGCACUUGCUAUUGAAUGCUGAACAUAUUAUCAGGGAUUAUUGGGAACAAAAUGCAGCUCCAAAUUUUAGUCAUGCAGGUGGAAGGAUCUUGCCAUUAGAGGACGCUGAGCUUAUGAAUGUCCGUGAGCUUCAUAGCGUAGAGAAUACCAUUGACCCUUUUGAAGAUAUGCGACUGGAUACAGACGGAAUGGCCUAUGAGGAUCUCUUAGCCCUAGGAGAAGAAAUCGGCAACGUCAAUACUGGCUUGGAAGAAGAAUCUAUUACAAAGAAUCUAAAAACAAGCCUGUACAAUUCACAAACAGAAUAUCUACCACCAAACCAGUGCAUGAUAUGCCAGGAAGAGUUAAAGGAGAACGAGAUCAUCGGUAUUCUGGAUUGUGGCCAUAAUUACCAUGAGAAGUGCAUAAAGGAAUGGCUGCUAAAUAAGAACUUGUGCCCGAUCUGCAAAGAGACUGCAUUGGCUAGAGAUAACAGCGAAGGAUGAGGGUAUCGCUAAUGCUGGUUGAACUUGCGUUAUGAUUCUGUAAAUAACUUUCUCUUGUACUACAUACAUUCUUUUACCAGUGGUUGUAGAAGUUAGACUUCAAGAACUGUACAGAAAUAGAAAUGUAGAUUUUUGGACUUAAAUUUUUUUUUUUUUUUU